AUGUUGUUCACUAAGCAAGCAUUAGCUGCCGCGCUCUUGCAGGCACUCGGUAUCGCUGCUUUGCCACUGGAUCCAACCCCAGUCGACAAAUCAGCAACACCGGCACGGCAAGCAGCACCGCCCGCGAGCUUCACAGCAAACCCAAACAUCGGCCCCGGGGGCAGUACCUUCACCGACUCGGCGCACUUCCGCCUCUAUGGAGCCACAGGGACCACCGCCACGAACUCGCUGAACAUGCUGGAGGCUGCGUACAGCUGCUUUGUCGAUACCCUUGCAUGGCGCUCCUCGGGUCUGGCCUACAAUGAUAACACCGAUAGCGACGGGCCAUGGACGAAGGUCAAUGUGUAUUCUGUAUCGACCCUGUCUGGUGGAGCAGCGGGUGUGAUGCACUCCGACUACAACACAGGCAUGAGCUGGCUCGAGGUCGUCAACAGCUACAUUGCAGUACCCGGCGUCACUGUCCAUGAGUAUGGACAUGGUUUGACGUAUCACGAAAAGAACUGGGUAGACCAGACCCGGACGGGUGCUUGGUGGGAGACCGUCGCCAACUGGGUGGCCGACACCUACAAGACCUCCCCUCUCUGCAACACUGCCAGGUCCAAGUACGGCCAGUCCACCAGCGCCACCGAGAUCAACCUCAGCAAAGUCAUCGGCGACUCCUUCCAAGUCCUGGUAGACGGCACAUCCGGGUCCGGGAACUACUACGAGGCCUGGCCGUUCCUCAGCUUCCUGACCUACAACCUAGACAACUUCGCCGGCCUCGGCACAAACACCAUCCGCGAGUCCUUCCGCCAGUACAGCAAGGGCAGCAACGAGACCCCCCUGCACACCUUCGCCCGGCUCUCCACCGGCGCGACGAUCCAGAAGGUAGUCGGCCGCUACUGGGCCCGCAUGGCCUACGUCGACAUUGGCCACCCGACGGCGCAGUCCGUUUUCCUCAGCCAGCGCGGCGGGUUCAACUACGCCAACCUCGACAGCCAGGGCAGUGGGGUCUACAAGGUCAAGGCGGCCCGCCAGCCCCGGUACAUGGGUGCCAACAUCAUCCCGCUCAAGAAGUCGGGGACCGUCACCGUUACGGCCAAGGUCGCCACCAGCGGGGCGUACACCGCCACACUUGCCGUACGCAACACGAGCUCUGGGGCCACGCGCUACGUUGAUUUUGCGAGUGGCUCGGCGUCGACUUCGGUUACGAGCAGUGAGGAGGCUUCUGUCGUUGUUGCGAACACACCUGCUCUUGUCCAAUAUGACCCCUUCAGCAUCGGCAGCGAUGUGAAUGCGGGCUUGGACUAUACCCUCACUCUCACUGGUGCAACGGCAUAA